AUUUGUCUUUCUCUCUCUCGAUCGCUCAGCUCGAAACUCUGUUUCUCGGUCGUGCUCGCAAUCUCCUCUACAAGUGAAUCGCCUGAGGUUUAUAGUAUUAUUACCUAUAUUCAUCUGGCUGAUCAAACUUUAUAAAGCCACAAGCAACAAGUGUAGUUUGAGCCAUACUCUGCCACCAAUGGUGGAUGAUACCUCGUCCCAAGCUUCACCUGAACCGCCACCACCGCCGUUUCUGGAGGUGUUUUGUGAGGUUUCUGGUAAGGACUACCGAUUCUCAGCUGGGACGAAAGCGGAAUUUGCUGUCUCCGUGAUCAAUAGGAAGCUUGGUUCAUUAAAAUCCCGAGUGGUUUACAUCGAAGCAGCAAAGGAAGGUGAAGAGCCCAUCAGUUUUGGGGAUGGAGCUUAUCUUGCGGAUUAUGGACAUGGUUGGAAGUUGAAGACAGUGGUUGACGCUGGAAUUCCUGGAACUGAGACAAAGAAUGUUCUUCAGCGUCAUCUACCUAGGCAGUUUCCUUCUGUUUCGUUCUCUAGUCCUCCUGUUUCAUCAUCGGGUUCCAAAGACUCAAAGUCCCCUAGAGCUGAGAAACCAGAAUUUGAAGGAGAUCAAAGUCUGAAAUACAUUGGGAGAAUAUUGGUUGCAUUUGUUUUGAUGUUUAUUCUUGGUGGUCUUUUCACAAUGGCUCUUGAGAAUCUUCCUAAACUAAUUUUGCUAUUUAACAAUUCUUCUUCCAUGUAACAAUUGACACUCUCCCAAAUACUAAGACAUUUUGGAGAUUAAGGUUGUUAUCUCUAUCA